UCUAGCUCAAUACAACGGUAUUUGAUAUAUAGCCCCCACAAAGUUUAUAAACAAGACUUGAAAGGAAAAUGGCCACAAACUCUGGCCCUAGUAUAAGCCUAAAGGAAUUCAAAGGAUCUCAGGAGGAAAAAAUAGUGCGACAAAUUUUUCAAGAUAUAAAAAGGCAUGAAAUUGGCAUCAGGAAACUUCUAGCCUCCAAUCCCAGCACUACAUCAAAGGACACACAGAUUAUGACUGGAUUGGCACAUCACCUGUUUUCCCAGUUGGUACCAAACAACAAGUAUGAGGUCGAUAAAUAUGCAAAACAGCUCCCUAAAACAUGUGGGUGUGGCUGCAAUGGCGAUAUUUAUGGAGGAGACACUUCAAUAGGAUCUCCAGGAACGUGGCAUGGCAGAGUUGAUAUCUUGGUGAACCAUACUAUAGCUGUGGCGAUUGGGAAGGAACCACCUGUCAGUGCUGAGGAGGAGGAAUCAGAGGAACAAGAACCCCAAAACAAACAAAGAAAGGUAGAAUUGGAAAACAAUUGUGAUAUUUGUGGGGAAGUUAAAGGCAACAAAAGACAUGACAGUGUUCUCCUUGAUCUGAAGUUCUUAAAUCAAAUCUUGGCAGAAGCCAUAACGAAUGGAUUUGCUCAAGUUAACAGGAACCAAAGUACACUGUCACAUUUCUUGAUUCCAACUUUUGGUGCCACAUCUGACCAUGUUUCUAUUUGUCUGUAUGACCCUGAAAAUGACUGUUUAUUGCACAUCGAUGAUGAAUUCAAAUUAUGGAGUGAUAUCCGAUAUAAACUAGACCGUGAAACCAUAAUUAUCAUCUGGCUUUUCUUGAAUUUCACUAUUUUUACCAAGAAAAAUCUGGCUUCCGCAGCAAAUCUGAAAAAGUCCGGAUUACACAAGGAUUUAAAUGAAGAUCUGCAGUAUUACAAAAAAACAAAAGUAAAAGCGAAAUUUGUUUUACGAACACCUGAAAGGAGACCCUGGAAACGGACAACCAUACAAGUCAAACAUCCAAAUACCUAAUUAUGUAUAAUGUGAUUUAGAGAAAAUAUACCUGAUUGACUGACACUGAUAGUCUGAUUGCAUUGAUUCAAUCUUUUACCAUUUUUAACAGCCAUUAAGCCUACUGUAUACAGAAAAGUUUUCUUCUACACAACAAUAUACUGAUUUAAAUGUGGUGCAGUGUCUGUCUUCUACACAACAAUAUACUGAUUUAAAUGUGGUUCAUUGUCUGUCUUCUACACAACAAUAUACUGAUUUAAAUGUGGUUCAUUGUCUGUCUUCUACACAACAAUAUACUGAUUUAAAUGUGCUGCAGUGUCUGUCUUCUACACAACAAUAUACUGAUUUAAAUGUG